GAUAACAAGACAAAUGUAAGGACAUGUUUUAUGAAAUUCAGCACAAUGUCUCACAGCUCAUAUGUCCUUGUCCUAUUCUACUUGUAAAUAACACAUUCAUAACAAUGGUUCUUAUCUUUGACAAAAUGGUUUCAUUCAUUGAUAUACUAUUGGACUUAUAUGAAAUGUCACAACCUAUACUUGUCCACACAUAACUUUUGUUCUUUUACAUAUCGAUGAUAUCUAUAAUUACCACUUGACAAAUAUUGAUUAAACCAUAUAACACAUGUUUAGCAACAUAAUCAAUCUUUGGUAUAGUAUCUAAAUUCAACAUUUCCUAAGCAAAAACAGGAUUUACAAUAUUGGUAGUAACAUAGUGUUUACCAAGUGGCUUUUGCUAGCUGCAAAACGGAGCUAGUGUUAUUAUGAAGAAGAAUUCCGGUACCUCUCAGAAGCUAGGUUCAUUCCUAAGUCCAAAGGAGCCAAACUACAGAGAAAAAAACAAUGAGAAUCAAAAGGGGUGGAACUCAGAGAGAGUAUUGUUGCAACCAACAACAAGCAACAUGAAAAAACAAGCCUGUGUAGCUGGUUUUUCACCCUUCAACAGUGGAAGAACAAUACCUUCUAAAUGGGAUGAUGCAGAGAGAUGGAUUUGUAGUCCAGUUUCAGCUUCAGGAUAUGUCCAACAACAUCAGAGAAAACCUAAAUCAAAAAGUGGUCCAAUUAUGCCUCAAGGAACAACUUACUACUCCGAUUUUUCACCGACAAUUCCUCUGAGAAACAGUUUGGUUGUGAAAAACUUAAUGAUGAGUUCGCCGUUUACAACAGGAGUCUUGGCACCAGAUGUUUCUCUUCAACAUUAUUAUGCACCUGACAAUUCGUAUGGUCCACGUUACGACGUUGAUGAUAAUAGUUCAGUGGUUAACGAGAAUGGUGUCGAUGUUCCAUUUGUUUCUAACGCACCUUCGUGGUCAGAACUUCUCUCUGAACCGUCAUCGCCUAAUUCUCGUGAUGAGAAAUGUGAUGGAACUAAGAAUGAGGACACAGUGAUGUCUCCUUUCUCAAAAAUUGAUAGAGGUACCCAAAUGAGCUCUUCCGAGACUGAAAACGAGGACAAUUCAUCUCCAAAAUCUUCCUCACCAAUUUUGGACAUGGAUCAAAAAAGUUGGCAUUCAGAAAAGUUAGAGAUCAGAGAUGUGGAGGUAGACUGUCAGGCUAAUGUUAUUAAGUGGUCUAAGAGUUAUGCAUCCAAGCUAAGCUCUUUGCAUGGUAAAGAGUUAAAGGAAAGUGGUACAGAAACUCAAGCUUCAGGUUUGGAUAUUGCAGAGUCAACAUUGGACACUUCCAGUUCCAAGUUUGAAAGAGAUGAAGCUAAAAUCAGUGCCUGGGAGAGUUUGCAGAAAGCAAAGGCCGAAGCUGCAAUAAGAAAACUUGAGAUGAAACUGGAAAAGAAGAAAUCAUCAUCAAUGGAUAAGAUUCUAAACAAGCUGAGAAGGUCACAGAUGAAAGCUGAAAAGAUGAGAAGCUUAACACUAGUUCAACAGGAGCAGCAUGUUUCCAAGACUUGGAAAGUAUUUUCAUUAGCCAAAUAUGGCAAACUGUGGUCGCCAAGCAGCUGCUUCGCCAGCUAAGCUCUGUGAUCAAUCCCAUAUACACAAUUCAUAUUCAUUGUAGUUUUUUUUAUAGCCUUUUUCGGGUAAACUCAACAGGAAUACCAUAUAAAUGGUGAACAGCAUAUUGUUUAAUGUCAUUUGAUGUAUUUUGACAUUGUGCGUGAGGCAAAGAAAUAAACCUUACAUACGCGCUGCUUGUAUCAAAAUCUAAAUAAGGAUGAUUGCUGAAUAAUAUUAACUGUCAAUUUAUGGCGUCUA